AUGUCGGGAAUCAUUUUCGACGACAUGUUCUCCGUGAAAUCGGUGGAUCCAGACGGCAAAAAAUUCGACAGAGUUUCCCGAUAUUUCUGUGACUCAGAAUCCUUUAGAAUGGAGCUGAUUAUCGAUAUUAAUUCACAAAUUUAUCCAUUAAAAGCAAAUGACAAAUUCCGACUGGUUCUCGCCACCACAUUACGAGAUGAUGGCCUAGCAGACGAGGGAGAAUAUCAGCCCAAGGCAGAAUAUCCAAGAAUUAAGCAGUAUGAGUAUGUUAUGUAUGGCAAAGUAUACAGACUCGAAGACGACGAUAAUGGCGCUGAUGGAGGCAAAUUAGCUGCCUAUGCCUCCUUCGGAGGACUUCUGAUGCGAUUGAAAGGCGAGGCUAUCAAUCUUCACGGGUUUGAAGGUUCAAUGUCAGCUAAUCAGGAGCUGCAGCAGUGCUAUACGGAUUUUUCCGUUGAUAUUGAUCGUGUUGAGAAGCUUUCUCGACUUUUGGAAGCUAUGGAGAAGGGAGAAUUGACCGACGAGCUUCUUGAAGAAUGCCCAGAGCUUCUCGAAGCCAAGAAGAAGAACGACAAGCUCAAAUACCGGAAGGAAAUCCUCAAGAAGAGCCUUGAAAAGCAAUUGGCCGAGAAUUCCAAAAAAGGCGUGAAGCCCACCGCCGAGAAAAAGGCGAAAAAAGAGGCCGACAAAGCAAAAACCGGAGGAGCGCCACCGAAACAGGCGAAAAAAAUAAAUUACGUACAAGUCGAGGAUUACGGAAGCAGCAUUCUCGGACGCCUUAAUGAAUUGUUCAGAAAAGCGAUCGAUGAAGCGUUCCCCGGUUUGGAUGGUCCGUUGAUGAUUGCCGAGACGCCGAAUCCCAAAUUUGGCGAUUAUCAGUGUAAUUCGGCAAUGCCUAUCGCCGCGAAAUUGAAAGCGGCGGGAACGAAUAAGAAGCCUGGAGACGUCGGAAAAGAAAUUUUCGCGAAAUUCCCGAAGAAUAUUGAUUUUAUCCAAAAGGUUGAAGUUCUACCGGCUGGAUUCAUCAAUGUUUUCCUCAACAUUGACUAUAUUAGAAAGCAGAUUGCCGAAUUCGCGUUGAAGGGUGUCACAUUGCCGAAAAUCGCGCGUCGUCGAGUUCUCGUCGAUUUCUCGUCGCCGAACAUCGCCAAAGAAAUGCACGUCGGACAUUUGCGAUCGACGAUCAUCGGCGAUUCGAUUUGCCGCCUUUUGGAAACGAUCGGAUUCGACGUGCUUCGAAUCAAUCACAUUGGCGAUUGGGGCACACAAUUCGGAAUGCUCAUCGCGCAUUUGUACGAUCGAUUUCCGGAUUUUCGGACGAAAUUGCCGGACAUCUCCGAUCUUCAAGCGUUUUAUAAGGAGUCGAAAAAGCGAUUCGACGAGGAUGAAGCGUUCAAGAAGCGAGCUUAUGAAUGUGUUGUGAAGCUUCAGAGCCAUGAGCCGGAAAUUGUGAAGGCUUGGAACACGAUUUGCGAUGUUUCGAAGAAAUACAACAAGAUCGUUUAUGAUCAUCUCGACAUCAAAAUUCGCGAUGUUGGAGAGUCGUUUUAUCAGGAUAAAAUGAUUGAACUUGUGAAAUGGAUCAAAGAGAAUAAGCCGGAGAUUAUGAAAGAGGAAGAUGGGCGCCAGAUCAUGUUUCCGACGGGCUGCGAAGUGCCGCUGACGGUGGUGAAGAGCGAUGGAGGGUUCACGUAUGACACGUCGGAUCUUGCCGCGUUGAAGCAUCGAAUGCUCGUGGAGAAGGUUGAUUGGGCGAUUUAUGUGGUUGAUGCUGGCCAGAGUUUGCAUUUGGAGACGGUUUAUGCUGCUGGCCGCGAUUUCGGCUGGUACGACGAGAAUAAGCAGCGUGUCGAGCAUGUUGCGUUCGGUUUGGUGCUCGGAGAAGACAAGAAGAAAUUCAAGACGAGAUCCGGCGAAACGGUUCGACUACUCGAUUUGUUGUCGGAGGGCGUUAAGCGGGCAACGGAGAAGCUGAAAGAGAAGGGCAGGGAUCAGGUGAUGAGCGCGGACGAGUUGGCGGCGGCGCGCGACGCGGUUGCGUUCGGUUGCGUGAAAUACGCGGAUCUUUCGCACACGAGAACCCAGGAUUAUGUGUUCUCGUUCGAUCGAAUGCUCGAUGAUCGCGGAAACACGGCGGUUUACCUACUCUACGCCUAUGCGCGUAUUCGAUCAAUUGUGCGAACCACCGGCGUUUCAGCCGAGCAGAUCAAUGAAUAUCUCGCGAAGACGCCGAUUCUACCAUUCGAGCAUCCUGCUGAGAUAAAACUUGGCAAGCAGAUUUUGAAACUGUCGGAUUGUAUAAUUCAAGUUGUCGACACGCUCAUGCUUCAUCAGCUUUGCGACUAUGUUUACACAUUGGCCACACAAUUUCAUGACUUUUACACGGAAUGCUAUGUUAUUGAUAAACAAGGGGACAACCAAAUCAUCCAUUUUCAUCGACUGGCGCUGUGCGAGGUCACUGCCAAUGUGAUGUCAUUAUGCUUCAAAAUUCUUGGAAUUCGUGAAGUGCCUAAGAUGUAG